GUUCCUCCAGUAGGCUCUGGCACUGCGUAUGUCGUAAGCGUGCGGGAUGAGAAGCCGCUCUGCGCGGCGGCUCCGCCAGGAUAGUGUCGGUACUUAGAUCCGUGUCCUGCUUGUCCUGCGCGCAGCCGUCGGGAACGGAUGGGAGGAUGAGCGAGCAGGACAAGGGUUCGGCGUGCACGGUAGCGUCGCCCCCCGGCUCGGACAUUUAUAAAGGCUGGCUUUUUAAAUGGACCAACUACCUGAAGGGUUAUCAGCGCAGAUGGUUUGUUCUCAGUAACGGGCUGCUGUCCUAUUACAGGACCCAGGCAGAGAUGGCGCACACAUGCCGCGGCACCAUCAAUCUGGCCGCGGCGCACAUCGACACAGAAGACGCCUGCAAUAUCAUGCUGAGCAGUGGGGGCCGCACAUACCACCUGAAAGCCAGCACAGAGGUGGAGAGGCAGAGAUGGGUGACCGCUCUGGAGCUGGCGAAAGCCAAGGCAAUCCGCAUGGUGAACGACCAGUCCGAUGACUCGGGAGAGGAGGAGCCAACAUCCCGCUCGGACCGCAGUGAACUGCAGGGGGCGCUGAAGACCUUGGCGAGUAAGCUGGAUGACCUGUGCACGUGCAACGACCUGAUAGCGAAGCACGGAGCCGCGCUGCAGCGCUCGCUCAGUGAGCUCGAGGCCCUGCGUGUGCUCGUGGAGGGCGGGGAGAAGAUCAAGGCUGUGAACGAGAGAGCCACGCUUUUCCGCAUCACGUCCAAUGCUAUGAUCAAUGCAUGCCGUGAUUUCCUGCAGCUGGCCGAGAGUCACAGCCGGCGCUGGCAGCGGGUCCUGCAGCACGAGCGUGACCAGCGCACACACCUGGAGGAGACCAUAGAGCAGCUGGCCAAGCAGCACAACAACCUCGAGAGGGCGUGGAGGAAGGCUCCCUCCCUCGCGCCCGACACACACCCUCCGCUCACACGGGUGAGCCUGAGUGUGCAGUCCAGUAAAGAGGAUCCCAGUGAUGAAGACGAGGGUACGGAAUAUUUUGAUGCCAUGGAAGAUUCACCUGCCUUUAUCACAGUGACAGCUACAGAACCCUCACAGCACAGGCAUUCUCAGAGUAAUCUAAGUGGUGCCAGUAGUGGACACCCCAGUGACUGGAACCUAGACGAUCAUUCCACUCUGAGUUAUAAUAAUAUGACAGGAAAGGAGGUGCAGUCAUGCAGGAAGAGGAGGAGCCAAAUCCCGUCCAAGCCCAACUAUUCGCUGAACCUGUGGAGCAUCAUGAAGAACUGUAUCGGAAAAGAACUCUCCAAGAUUCCCAUGCCUGUAAACUUUAAUGAGCCGCUGUCUAUGCUGCAGCGUCUGACUGAGGACCUGGAGUACAGCGAUCUCCUGGACAAGGCAGCCGGCUGUGAGAGCUCGCUGGAGCAGAUAUGUCUGGUGGCGGCCUUCUCUGUGUCUUCGUACUCCACCACGGUGCACCGCACGGCCAAGCCCUUCAACCCGCUGCUGGGAGAGACAUUCGAGCUGGACCGCCUGGACGAGUGCGGCUACCGCUCACUCUGCGAGCAGGUGAGUCACCAUCCUCCAGCGGCUGCCCAUCACGUGAUGUCACAGAGAGGCUGGACCCUGUGGCAGGAAAUCACCAUCGCUAGCAAGUUCCGGGGCAAAUACCUGUCCAUCAUGCCCCUGGGUACCAUUCAUCUUCAGUUCCACAGAAGUGGGAACCACUAUGUGUGGCGUAAGGUGACUUCAACCGUGCACAACAUUAUCGUGGGCAAGUUGUGGAUCGACCAGUCAGGGGACAUUGACAUCAUAAACCACACUACCAAAGAGACGUGUCAGCUAAAAUUUUAUCCCUAUAGCUACUUCUCCAGGGAGGUCCCGCGUAAGGUGACGGGCGUGGUGGCAGACGGUGAGGGCCAGGCACACUACAUCCUGUCGGGCACAUGGGACGAGAGGAUGGAGAGUGCAAAGAUCGUCCAGAGGAACCGUGGCAACAGCGGCACAGAGGGCAAGCAGAAAACGAUCUACCAAACGCUCGCUCCUAGACUGUUGUGGAAGAAAUGCCCACUCCCAGAAAACGCCGAGAACAUGUACUACUUCUCGUCCCUGGCUCUGUCGCUGAACGAGGAGGAGGUGGGAGUUAGCUUGACGGACAGCCGGCGGCGGCCCGAUCAGCGAAUGAUGGAGGAAGGCCGCUGGGACGAGGCCAACGCGGAGAAACAGAGACUUGAGGAGAAACAGAGGGCUGUGAAGAGGAGGGAGGCUGAAGCCUCUAAAGCUCUUGAUGAAGGGCGGAGCUAUGAAGGCUACCACCCGCUGUGGUUCCACCAGAGGACAGAUCCUGUUACUGGGGAAACAAGCUUUGUAUAUAAAGGGGCUUACUGGGAGGCUAAGGAGAGGCAAGACUGGAGCAUGUGCCCUGACAUCUUCUAAACGGCUUUUACUGAACCCAGAAGGACAACACAAAGUGAAACAAAAAAAGGUGGAGAUUUUCCCUGACACUCACAGGGGUGUAAAGCCAC